AUGAAUUACAAUGACAAUGUAACCGUCGCUGCUGAGCCAUAUGAAUUCGAAUUCAAUUUAAGUCAAUGUGCACUGUUGAUCAUCGACAUGCAACGUGAUUUUCUAGAACCAGGUGGUUUUGGCGAAAUACUUGGCAAUGACGUGAACCAACUUCGUCGAACGGUUAGUUCAAAUCAAAAGUUGCUAAAGCAAUGGCGUGAAGCUGGUUUGAAAGUUAUAUAUACUCGUGAAGGUCACCGUCCAGAUUUAUCUGACCUGCCAUUAAGCAAGAAAAUCCGUGGACGACACACAGUGUGUGUUGGUGAUCUUGGGCCAAUGGGGCGUAUUUUAGUACGAGGUGAGCCUGGACACGAUAUUAUUCCAGAACUCUAUCCGUUGCCUGGCGAAGCAAUCAUUGAUAAAUGUGGAAAAAGUGCCUUUUACGCUACAGAUCUUGAUGCUAUCCUUAGGAAUUACAAUAUAAAACAGUUAAUCGUUACCGGUGUUACUACUGAAGUCUGUGUUAGCAGCACUGUACGUGACGCUAAUGAUCGAGGUUAUGAAUGUCUCGUCCUUGAAGAUUGUGUUGGAUCAUAUUUCCCCAGUUUUCAGGUAGCAGCUCUCGACAUGAUCAAAGCUCAAGGCGGUAUAUUUGGUUGGGUAGCACACUCUGAUAAAGUGAUCAAUGUUUUGAAAUUAGAUUGUGAGAAUUAA